GAAAGUCAUUUACAUUUGUAACUGUAACUGAUUUUCUUAUAUCGUACUUAUAGAAUUCCAGCCUCGACACAGCAUUAUUAAGCUAUUUUCCCCAUUAUAACCCGGAGAUAUGAAACUCAGAUAAACGCUUAUCUAGAAGGCAUGACCAAGCAUCCUUACCUAGACAAGCUGCAAUAGAUUCCCAACUGCCUAAGGAGUGUCAAAUUUUAGAAGGAUAUGGAAGAAAGCUCCACUACCCUAAUAUCCCAUUUUGUUGUUGAUAGUUCCUCCAUAGAAAACAUCGGAAGUCUCUCCCAUGAAAUUGCAGAAGCCCUCUGCGAACGAGCGAACUCCCUCCGCAAUUCGCACCCCAGUGUCACCAUUGGCAAGGACAGGAAGCUUAUUGAGAGCCUGAUGGACGUAGUUGCAGCCAUACGACCAGAGCCGAUUGCUUCUUGUGGAAUGGACGACAGUCAGCCCUCAGAUGAAGAAAUCUCCACUUCUCAUCCCCCCAUGGAUUGCGGAGGGGACCCUAAUUGCCAUGUGGAUGGUGUGUCCAAAAAAGCAUUCUCUAAGCGUAAACGAAUGCGUAAGCGCAUCGUUCAGAGUUUUCGAAGAUUCAAGAGCUUGCGUCGCUUCACCUCAACCGACCGCCGGGGCAAGGAGCACAAGAUAAGGUGGAGCAACGUCAAGACGAGGGUGCAGCCAUUCUAUGAAGAGAGAGUGCAACCCAUUUUUGUGAACUGGGGCGAAAUGGGCAGGAAAUUCGCCGCUUCCGUGGUGCAGAAGAAGAACUGGUUCGGAACGGCAUCAGUGAAUACAUCCGACGCUUCCGGGAAAGGUCCCUCUACAAUGCCCAUGGAGUUCGAGACAAAUGACAAAUUGCAAUAAAAGAAAUUUUCAUUAAUCCGAAAGGGAAAUUAUUCUAUGUCUUGUUCAAGUUGCUAAAGAUAAUUCAGAAUUCCAUUCUCGCAUUCCAAUUAAAUCUAGAGAUUCGGUCUGAAAUUUCUGUAGGUUGGACAUGUGAAGCCUUGAGGAUUGAAAUUUUAAAUUU